AUGGAAAAAGGAGAAAAAUCAUUGCUAUUAUUUGAGGAACAAAAAACAAGAAUCACGAAUCUUAUUGAUGAUUUCUUGAAUCGCUUGAAGCAAAUAAAGAAUGAAUUCAUUGCUUCAAAAUUGGAUGCCUUUGAAAAUCUAAGAAUGGAACUGAGAUUCCUAAGAACAUUUGUCCUGUUUGGAAAUUCGAUGAAUUUGGAUGACUUUUAUGAGAGGAUGUCAAUGAAUAUAAGCAAAUUCGAUCAAUCUAUGGAGUACGUAGAUAAAAUAAUCCUAGAGAGAUACAACAUGGAAUGUCUUGCCCCUCUGCUGCUUGAAGAGAUAAGAAAUUAUUUGAGUUUGAAGAAUGAUUAUGUAGCCACAACUACAGAGAUAAAAUUGUUUGAAUACCUCAUCAGAAACCUCCAUGAUCUACCAAAGUAUUGUUCUGAUUUGCUUCUACCCCUCAUGAGUGAAUACAAGAUUCUGCGGCAAGUAUGUACACAUCUCAGAGAUUUCUAUGAAUUGGAAUGCAACAAAAUUACAACAACAGAAUUUCUCUAUGCUCGGUACCAAAUGACAGUUGAUAGAGUAACACAAUUCUGUUUUGAUCUUUGGACUGGAGAGUAUAAAGAAUAUACUGAUGAUGGUUAUGAGUAUUUAGUCUUUGAAUGCUCUUCCAAGAUCACUUCUCUACUCAUCGACAUAAUCCCUCUCGAGCUGGAGGUUCUAUACAUUUCUACUUCUAACCUCAUCAAAGAAUCAAGGUCAAAAGAACUAGAAGGAUUGGUUAAGCAAAUCCUAAAAGCAUCUCCAAGGAUUCUUCAGAAUUAUCUCAUUCAUCUCCAAGGACGCAUGGUAGCCGUCAGUUACUCUGCAACUCAAAGCAUUAAUGUCAUGAUGGAGUUCCUAUUGAUCUUUCUCACUGAUAUACCAAAGCGCUUUAUCCAUCGUGGCAAAUUGAACUCUAUGUUGGCACAUGUCGGACUACUUACAAGGAAGAUGUCUAUUCUCAUGGAGGAGAGCUCUAAUAUGAAUGAAGCAGACUUUUCAGCUCCAUACUUGUUGCAAGAAAUCGAACGAAUGAAGGGAGAUAUCAAACAGAUUAUUUUGAAAGCGCCAGAGUCAUCCCAACUUUGCUUUCCUAUGGAUGAUGGUUUCCUCUUCAUGAAUCUUCUACUCAGACAUUUAAAUGAUUUACUCACUUCCAAUUCUUAUUCAGUUUCUCUGAUAAAAAAAGAAAUUGAGAUGGUGAAACAAAGCCUUGAAUUCCUAACAGCAUCUUUCAGGCAAACAUUGGAUGAGAGCACUAGUGGAGUUGUUAAAGAUUGUUGGAUGCGUGCUUUGGAUGUGGCAUAUGAGGCAGAACAUGUCAUUAAUUCCAUUCUUGUCAGAGAUAAAGCUCUCUCGCAUUUAAUCUUCUCACUUCCGAAUGUCACUGAUAAGAUCAAGCUUAUUGUGGCACAAGUCACCGGUUUACAGCUGGAGGAUAAGAAUGGGGAUGGCCCCCUUGAUGCAAAGUCUUCCAAUGAGCCAAUUAAGUUAACCUCAUCAUCAUUUGUUGAGGUAACAGUAGGUCAUGAGGAAGAUGAAGCCCGGAUCAUUGGCCAGCUCCUUGAUGAACAUGAAUCCGAGCUUGAUGUCAUUUCCAUUGUUGGAAUGCCAGGAGUCGGUAAAACUACUCUUGCCAAUAAAGUGUAUAACAAUACAUUAGUUGCUAGUCAUUUCAAGAUUCGUGCUAAGUGCACUGUUUCCCAAAACUUUAACAAGUCAAAGGUGUUGCGGGAGAUUCUUCAGCAAGUUACUGCCUCGGAGACAAAAGAAAGUGAGGAUGACCUUGCUGGAAAGCUACGAGUAGCACUACUCGAUAAAAGGUACCUCAUCGUCUUGGAUGAUGUGUGGGAUAUUGCAACAGGGGAGAUGUUAAUAGCAUGUUUUCCAAAAAAGGUUGAGAGAGGAAAUAGAGUUAUUUUAACUAGCCGAAGUAGUGAGGUAGGUUUGAAAGUUAAAUGCCAUAGUGAUACUCUCCACCUUCAACUUUUAACACCUGAAAAAAGUUGGGAUUUAUUCGUAAAAAAGGUAUUUGAGGAUGAAGGAAGCUGCCCUGCUGAACUGUCAGACAUUGGACACCAAAUAGUUGAGAAAUGUAAAGGACUUCCCUUGUCUAUUGUUUUGAUUGCUGGAGUAAUUGUUAGAGGAAAGAAAAAGAAAAAGGAUUUGUGGCUUCAGAUUGAACAUAAUCUGGAUUCCUUUAUUUCUUCAAACAACAAUUUGCAGAUGAUGAAGGUUAUGCAAUUAAGUUAUGACCAUUUACCAUACCACCUGAAGCCGUUGCUGCUUUACUUUGCAAGGUCUCAAAAGAGCAAACGGACUCCAGUCUCUACAUUGAUGCAGUUGUGGAUGGCCGAAGGGCUUGUGGAUCAUGAUAGUUCAGUGGAAACAACUCAAAGUUACUUGAAUGCUUUAAUUUCUAGUAGCCUGAUAAUGGUGGAUCAUAUCCCCUCCGAGAGUCUUUGGUGGACUUCUGCAAUGAUCAGAGCUUGCUAUGUUCAUGAUGUUGUGCACGAUUUUUGUUCAGUGAAAGCAAAAAAGGAGAAGUUUUUCAAGUUAAUCAAUUCAGGUGAUCCAUUUCAUGCUUCUAAUUUCCUACACCGUCGUCUAACCAUUCAUACUGACAACAGCCAACUGCACAAAAAAUGUGUUUUAUUCAAUUCUAAUAAGUGCUUAGCUGUUAAUAAGCAUGUCAUAUCUUUGAAAGUGAGUGGUCCACUAGAUGAGUUCAGGUAUAUCUGUCACACAAGACACUUUGGACUUGUUAGAGUGUUGCAACUGGAUGACAUCAUUCUGGAAGAUUCUUUAAUUGAAGAAAUAGGGUCCUUAUUUCAUUUGAGGUUCUUAAGCAUUCAGACUGCUGAUGUAAUAGCUAUCCCGGUGUCGUGGUUGAACCUACAGAAUCUGGAAACUCUGUUCAUCAAUAGAAAUUCUUCCCCCAUGGUUUUACUGCCCAGAAUAUUCUCACUGUCAAAGCUGAAACAUGUGAAAAUUAACGUAUGUUCUUUCUUUGAAGAGAAAGAGGAUAUCCAAAGCAGAAUAUUCUCACUAGAAAGAGGAUAUCCAAAGUAG